GUUUGUAAAGAGCCUAAUCCAAUUAGUUAGUGGAACAAAUAGACUAGCAAAUGAAUAAAGUUGGUCAUAGACACUUACCUAAAGCUUCCCUCUUUUUUUUUUUCUUCUUGUUGUUGUGAUACUAAGAACUUCAAAACUUUUUUCUUUAAAGAUCCCAUUUUAGAGCUUUGAAAGAGCUCCCCAUUGCUGUUGAGAGUUGGUUUUCUUUAAAGAGAGCUGCUUUUUGAUCUUUGCUUCUAAAAAGUGAAAGUGGGUUGCCUUCUGUUCUUUUAGUAAAUUUUGAUUGUAGAAGGAGAGAAUUUCAAAUAUAUAGCAAAAAGAAGAUUUGGUAUUGAACAUGACUGUAGCAUUACUAUGGAUUGCCAACCCCACUACAGAGGUUUCCAGUUCUUUUGGGUUGCUCCAUUCAAUCAGGGUUUUAGAUUCAUCAAAAUUUGGUUUUAUCGAUCGAAAUUUGAUGUUUAAGGGAAGAGAAAAGAAGGAUAAGAAGCAGAAAUGGAAAUCAAGUUCUGUGAAUAUUGAUUUGAGGAAUCAUUGCACAGGUAGUGGAAGCAAAUUGCCUCUGAUAUCUAGCAUGGUAGCUAGCUCAGCUGGAGAAAUGGCUAUUUCUUCUGAGGAGAAGGUAUAUAAUGUGGUGGUGAAGCAAGCAGCUUUGAUUAAAAGGCAAUUGAGGACUAGCGGUGAUCUUGAUGUGAAACCAGAUAUUGUUCUUCCUGGAACUCUGGGAUUGUUGAGUGAUGCUUAUGACAGAUGUGGAGAAGUUUGUGCUGAGUAUGCGAAAACAUUUUAUUUGGGAACUUUGCUAAUGACACCGGAAAGGCGAAGAGCUAUCUGGGCAAUAUAUGUGUGGUGUAGGAGGACGGAUGAGCUUGUCGAUGGGCCUAAUGCUUCGCACAUAACUCCAACAGCUUUAGAUAGGUGGGAGGCACGGUUAGAAGAUCUUUUCCAAGGUCGUCCAUUUGAUAUGCUGGAUGCUGCUUUGGCAGAUACUGUUGCCAAAUUUCCUGUUGACAUUCAGCCAUUCAAAGAUAUGAUAGAAGGAAUGAGGUUGGACCUGAAGAAAUCAAGAUAUAAGAACUUUGAUGAGCUUUAUCUUUACUGUUAUUAUGUUGCUGGGACUGUUGGACUAAUGAGUGUUCCAGUCAUGGGGAUUGCACCUGAAUCACAAGCAGCAACUGAGAGUGUUUACAAUGCUGCCUUGGCAUUAGGGAUAGCAAACCAGCUCACCAACAUACUUAGGGAUGUUGGAGAGGAUGCAAGAAGAGGAAGGGUGUAUUUACCACAGGAUGAGCUAGCGCAGGCAGGGCUUUCAGACGAUGACAUAUUUGCUGGAAGAGUGACAGAUAAAUGGAGAAAUUUCAUGAAAAAUCAAAUAAAGAGAGCACGGAUGUUCUUCAAUGAGGCGGAGAAAGGAGUGACUGAACUGAGUGCUGAAAGUAGAUGGCCGGUCUGGGCGUCCUUACUGCUAUACCGGCAAAUACUAGACGAGAUCGAAGCAAAUGACUAUAACAACUUCACAAGGAGAGCUUAUGUAGGCAAAGCCAAGAAGCUAGCUUUCUUGCCAAUGGCAUAUGCAAGAUCAGCUGUUGGGCCCGCAAGACUGCCUUCUUUGACAAAGGCAUAGAUAUUGAGCCUUGAAUAUCAAUUUGUUUAAAUCAUAUACAGCAGAAAAAUUGGGAGCAAAAGAAGGAUCAUAAUCUGUACAUUAACAAAUGUUAUAAUGCAGCAAGUAUUCAUUCAAAGCAAGAAUAGUGAAUUCAAUUCAUUUUAAGGAAUGGACUGCACAUUCAGUUGCAGAUUUUGAGCU